UCCCUUUUACUCUCACUUAGGAAAAGUCACCAAUCUCUUCUUCUUCGUCCUAACCAUGACCUUGUCUUUCGUUUGUUCUCAGUUAGGAUCGCUAAGGCGACGGGCCGGCGAACGUAUAAGAAUGACAAUUGCCAAGUGAGAAUGACGGGCAAGCUCGUUGAACGAAACCGCCGUCAUAUUUGCUGCUAUUCUACCAUAGCUGAAGCCCAAGACUUCAAAGUCUCUCCCUAAACCUUAUACUGUCUUACCUCGCCCUGCAACCGUUUCUGAUAUGUAUUCUCAUACGCUCGCGGUUAUCGCGAUUACCAUUCUUUCAUGCUCGUUCGCUUUAGUUUCUUCGUCACCGAUUGAUGAAGUGAAUGCUAACAUUCUCGCGAUGAAAAACAAUCUCGGAUGCACGUCACCAAAUGGAUGCCAGCGGAAUGCAACAAUAGAUGAUGCUGUAACGUCCGGGGUUUUGGCUGCGAUUCCGCCGCGAACGGCGCCGGUAGUCGUUGCUGCUCUUGCAGGUGGUCUGGUAGCGUCACUGCUAUGAGCUGAGUCUUGGACAUUGAUAUUUACUUCACCAUGAACUAUAUAACUGGGCACACGCUGCACAUUCAUAAAUUAUUCCAUAAUCCUCGUUCUUUCAUCAGACCCGUUCAAAUUCCAUUGUCUCGCAUAUACAGAUAGCUUUGUCAAUUUUACAUGUCAUACUCUUGUCAGUUGACCUCGGUGAGAUCGUAUGCUAGAUGGCCUCAUGCCUUGAAAAAAUCACCGUACGAAAU